AUGCGCGGUAUCCUCCCUGGGCGACCCCAGGCUAAGCUCCAAGCUGUCGCUCAUGGCCUGUGGGAAGGCCUCCAGAUAAUCGUCUACAUCUCCGGUAACGCGCUGAUCAUCCUCGAUCGACCCAACCACGUCCUCCAAACCAUCUACAUCGACGAGGAAUUCGAGCUUGAGGCAGUCGCGAUCGACGAAGGCACCGGCAAGCUCGCGGCAUGUUCGACGCGACACAUAUACAUAUAUCGGCCAUACGGGCAGGAUGAAGGCGCGAUCAAGUGGUCGCAACAGGGCAGCACGUCCCUGUCUGACGCCGAUGACACGAUAACGACCCUUUCAUGGGGCAUGCCAGACGAAUUACUCGUGGGCAGCGCAUCCCUCACCCUCUUCAACACCCACAGCGACAUUGAACGGAUCUGGACAAAGCAGCUAGCGAACCCCGUCAAGUUCGCCCACUUCUCGCCCGAUGCCGAGUUGAUAGCUUCGACAGGCAGGUACGACCGCCUCCUCAAGAUAUGGCGACGCACGUCUUUCGGUUCGGCGGAUCAGAGCUUCGACUACUUCUACCUCCCACACCCCAAGGCCAUCACAGGCUUGCAUUGGCGACACCCGUACCACAAAGACCAGUCCACGGACAACGUACUCUACACAAUAUGCGCGGACCAGAAGGUGCGAGUCUGGGUACCAGGAGAGCAUCACGGCGUAGACGGCAUGCACAUGUGGGCUGAGGUUGACCUCGUCGAGUCGAUAAUGUCACGGCAUGUGCCACUGGAGCAGCAGUCGAAGAAGCGCUAUGCCUUCUUCAUCGACGGCAAACACUUUACGCACGCGACGGAAAGAGCGAUGCAACAGGCUUCGGCAGAAGAGAAAGACCACGGCAUCGCGCUGCAUCACCUGAUAGAAGUCGCGAACCGCAACCCGGAGAUAUGCGUUGUGCUGGAUGAUAGAGGCAAUAUGUCUGCGUGGGGUUUUGAGAACGUAGGGGCAAAACAGAAGAAGGUCACCGACGUCUUCAACAUUGCGCAUGUCGAUGGACUUCAUCUACACUUCGCAAAAGUACCGAAACCCAUCGAGGACAAUGUACAGUUCUACGCAUUCAUCGGCGACAAGCCCGACUCUGAGUUGACCCUGCUAUCGCAUCACUUUGACGGGCGAAUCGAGUGGCUAGAGUCGCGCAUCGACUAUCUGUUCGACCCUUCGUCACAGCCACAGCGCAUUCAGCGUAAGGCUAUGUGGACGGGACACUCACAUGCCAUCAAGAAGGUCAAUCGCACAGCUAGCGGAAGAGCAUUGGUAUCGCGGACCACGACAGAUGAAUGUAUUGUAUGGCUACAGCGGCAGAGCGAUCAGGGCAUGACGUUACAUCGACACUGCAGCGUCAAAGUGACGGAGCACAUCCAUCGUACUGCUCUCUUGCAAGAGGGUAACUUCAUUGUCUUCCUACAUCAUGCCGAGAUCUCGCUUUGGGAUACCCGUGGUCAUGAGGCCGUUGAGAUGACACGGCUCGCAUAUAAACUCCAGGGCAAACCUCUUUGUUUGCUAGUGAUACCAGAGGUCGAAGUUGGCGGACAGCGCAUACAUAUCGCCACCAUCAGUGCCGAGAUGAAGGGUAUCUGCUGGGAGGUCACACUGCCAAAAUCGGAGCGAGAUGCACUUUCGAGUGAGGAACAGCCCGCCAUCGCGCACACCAAUGGCUAUACCAACGGUCAUUCAGAGAUCACGCUCAACGAGUUUUCCACAUUUAACCUUGGAUCUGGCGACGACCUUGCCUUUGUACUGCCUGUAGACCCCGCUGGUACAGCACCCGUCAUCUCGGGUUUCCUUGACACCUUUGCUCGGGAUGUAGCCAUCUCAUACACAAAAUCCGGAAUCAUCAAGUCCUGGACUGCGCGCGUCAGCAUCGAAGACCGAAAAUUGGACUGGCUGUUGACUUCGGAGGUCGAGACUGGCGUUAAGAACCCAUCACUUGCUAGUGGCACGUCGAUACGUAAGGCUGCGUUGGCUGAUGCUGAUCGAACUACGCUCACUAUAUGGAACACCCGAAGCGCCCAGUUGGAACAUGAAGAGACAUUCGAAGGCAGCGGAAGCAUUCAGGAUCUCGACUGGUCUUCUACUCCCGACAAUCAGUCCAUACUUGCUGUUGGCUUCCCCCACCGUGUCGUCAUCUACGCCCAGCUGCGAUACGAUUACCUCAACGCCGGUCCAUCCUGGGUACAGAUCAGUGACGUGCGCAUUCGCGACAUCACGCCACAUCCGAUCGGCGAUUCGGUAUGGCUAAGCAGUGGUAAUCUGGUCAUUGGCGCAGGCAACCAGCUCUUCAUUCAAGAUGAGCAUGUCCAGGUGUCCGAAGGGCUAUUCCCUAGCUUACGUACCAUCUCACGGAAGACGGCAUCUAUUGACAUCUUCGAUGCGGUUAGCAGACUCAACGGUCCUCUACCCGCGUACCACCCCCAGUUACUUUCACAAUGCGUCUUGGCUGGCAAAUUACUAUUGGUGCAGCGCAUCUUGAUCCGGCUUUACAGUACACUCAAGUUCUGGAUCGAAGGCGAAGAGCUUGACAGCUCGUUGGGAUUCGCACCUGAAGACUUCUCAGAAGCUGAGGCAUGUAUAUGA